GGCGACGGUUUGUAAACUCGGGGAGCUAACUUGUUAACUUGCGGGGAGCUUCGGAACCCUGGGCCGGCCUAAGAUGGGAAUUAACGUUACAUGGCCCUGCUCAUCCCACAGACUCCACAUUCAGCAGAACCACUUAUGGACCCUGCACUGGGCCCUGUGACCUUUGAGGACAUGGCUGUGUACUUUUCCCAUGAGGAAUGGAGGCUUCUUGGUGAGGCCCAGAGACUCCUGUACCAUGAUGUGAUGCUGGAGACCUUUGCACUUGUUGCAUCAUUGGGUUGUUGGCAUGGAGUAGAGGUCAAGGAGACACCUUCUGAGCAAAAUGAUUCUGUAGAAGUGCCACAAAUAAAUACUUCAAAGACAAACCUGUCCACCCAGAAGGGCUGUCCCUUGGAGAUAUGUAGUCUGGAAUUAGAAGGUGGUGUGCAUUUAGCUGAGGACCUGGGAACAAACCCUGGCCAGAAAUUUUGUGGAGCAAGUGUGAAAUUUCACCAGCACAGUAGAGAGAAACUCUUUAGAAGAGACACGGAUAAGGAGUUUAUGAAGAGCUGCACAGUCCAUGCAACCAAGAAGUCUUUCUCAUUCCAGGAGCCUGGGAAGGAUUUCCCUGGUAGCUUGGGCCUUCUCCAGCACCAGGUCACUGCACAAAAGGACACCAAGUGUGUGGAGGCCUUUCACAAUGGACAAAGGCACUAUAAGUUCAGUGAAUGUGGGAAAGUCUUCAGCCACAAACACUCACUUGCUCAGCAUUAGAGUUUCCACACUGGAAAGAGGCCUUAUGAGUGCAGUGAAUGUGGGAAAACCCUCAACUGCAAAAACUCACUUGUUCAGCACCAGAGAGUCCACACUGGAGAAUGGCCUUAUGAAUGCAGUGAAUGUGGGAAAAUCUUCAGUUAUAAACACAAACUUGUUCAGCACUGGAGACUCCACACUGGAGAAAGGCCUGAGUGCAAUGGAUGUGGGAAAGCUUUUAGCUACAAACUCACACUUGUUCAGCACCAGCGAAUUCACACUGGAGAAAGGCCUUAUGAGUGCAGUGUAUGUAGGAAAUUCUUUACUCAAAACUCCAGCCUUAUUGUGCACCAAAGAAUUCACACUGCCUCACAGCUUUAUAAAUGCAGUAUAUGUGGAAAAUUCUUUACCUCCAACUACAACCUUAUUGCACACCAGCGAGUUCACAGGGGCACAAGGCCUUAUGAGUGCAGUGAAUGCGGGAAACCUUUCAGCAACAAACCCACACUUGUUCAGCAUCAGCGAAUUCACACUGGAGAAGGGCCUUAUGAGUGCAGUGAAUGUGGCAAGUUGUUUAGCCAGAGCUCCAACCUAUUGUGCACCAGCGAAUUCAUACUGUAGCAAAGACUUUUGAGUGCAGUGAAUGUGGGAAACGUUUUAGCCAAAGCUCUACUCUCAUUAAGCACCAGAGUUCACGCUAGAGAAAAACCACAUGAGUGCACUAAAUGUGGAGACUUCUUUAGCCAAAGCACCCAGCUUACUCAACACCAAAAUGUUCACACCACAGAAAGGCCUCACAAGUGCAGCAAAUGUGGAAAAGUUUUCUGUCAAAGGUCUGUUCUGACUGAGAACCAGAAACUUCAUAGCCAAGAUAGGCCCUAUGAGUACAGCAAAUGUAGGAAAGUUUUCAGUCAAAAGUCUAACCUCAUUUGUCACCAGAAAGUUCAUGGUGGAGAAAAGGCCUUCAAAUGAGAUGAGAGCAGCUAAUGAGCUGUCUCCUUAGUUAAUACAUCAUACUGAAUAGGCUCUGUGAGGGAGUCAUCAACUGGAAGUUGAAUGCCAUACAUCUGAACAGCCCUUGUGUGCAGAUUGCCUAUAAGUACCAGGUUCAUAGGAAGCUUUUCAGGAGCUAUGCUGUACUUCCUAACCUGCCCACGGCCCUUUCCAGACUUAAUGUCACUGUGAGUUUCUUACCUCUUCCAAGUGGCAGAUCCCCAUACUGGGCAUCAGUCACCUUACUGUGGUCAGGGUAGGUAGACUUUUGUGCUCUCCUGUCCCCUGGAGUGAAGCAUGAAUAGCCUGAGCACUUGGGUUUUGUCAUUCUCUUCCAUCAACUGGCUAAGACAGGACCUAACCAGCUUUGACCAUGGGGAUCCAGUCUGGGUUCUGCUGGUGGCUCACAGAGGUUUACCUUCUUUGGUGGCAUUGUCUCAUGUCAUGCUCACAAUGGAUUUUUCUAGCUCCAGGUCACCCUUUUUGGAAACUCUCAGUUUGCUCUGCUCUGUGCCGUAAUAAAGACUAUUAUUUAAGCCCCCUUUCAUCUUGGGGUUUGUUCACUCUUAGACUGAUGUUGAGAACCAUAUUGGACUGUUAGGAUGAAAAAGAACAGGUUUUGUGAGUGUUGCAAACUUUGUAUACCUCAGUGGGGAUAGUAUCAUGGCAGAGGAUAGUGUUCACUCCAGAUGUGGUCUAAUUUGCAUUGCUUUCCAAGGCCUCCUAGGGUAGACUGCAGGGCUCUGUGGGACUAAUGUUGAGUCCUGGAUGUCAGAAUUUUUGGUGGGUUCAGAGGUCACCCUGAGAUGAGGACAGUCGUGAGAACCACCAGUGAUUUUGGAGCUGGAUGAGAGUGGAAGUCGUGUAGUCCAGGCAUGUGAUUUUUAGGACCCAGGCAGAGGUCCUGGGUAACGCAAGUGGAAACACCUUUCAUUGCUCACCAGUCUUCAUCGCUACUGCAAUAGAAUCCCUCCCAAGGACAAGGAGAGGGGGUGGAGUUAACGUGUGGUUGGCAGAGUUCCACAGAAAAGAGAUUCAGAUUUUUAUGUGAAGCCAAUUUCUAUUAAAACUUAAUUGAGCUAUAUAGUUGGUAUGCAUUAAAAUGAACGUACCUAAAAUGUACAGUUUGGUAAGUUUUCAUACUUGUAAAGCCAUGGAUCCAUCAUCAUAAUAACAAACAUCCAACACCAAUAUCUACCUUCUGACAUGUCUCCCAGGACUCCCUGGCAACUACAAUUGAUUUACUUUUUUCCCUACUCAAUUAGUGUUUUCUAGACUGUUAAUAUCAUUGGCAUCUUAAUGUUUACUUUAGUAUUAGUUUUUUUCUUUCAUGAUGCAUAAUUAUUUUGAGAAUCAUCUAAGUUGCAGGUGUGAAUAGUUCAUUUUCUUCAAAAGGGGUUUUGUGGUUUGUUUCCAGUUUUGGCCACCACAAAUAAGCUUACUAUGAACAUGUGCAUAAAAUUCUUCAUAUGACUAUAUUGUUUCAUAUUCUAAAAUGAAUGACUAUACCCUUAUGCAUUCCCAUCAACAGUAUGGAACCAUUCCAGUUCCCCUAUAGUCCUCACCAGUACUUGAUUGGUAUGGUCAGUAGCUAAAAUAUUGCCUGUUUUAAAGUGUGUAGUAUAGUCUGAUUGCAUUUCCCUAAUUCAUAAUGUUGAACAUUUUUAUUGUGUUUAUUUGCCAGGUGUAUGUCUUCUUUGAUAAAAUGCCUGCCUGUUCUUUUAUUUAUUAACUGAG